AUGGGUGAAGUAAAUGAUGAUGGAAAGGAAGCUGUGGAAGAUUUGUUGAUGUAUCCACCAAAAUGUUGGAGUAGGGCAUUCUUUGAUACUGUUUGCAAGAACCAAGCUGUAGACAACAACUUGACUGAGUCAUUCAAUGCUUGGAUCUUGCAAGCAAGGCACAAGCCAAUCAUUAAGAUGCUUGAGGAUAUUAGAAUCAAGGUGAUGAAUAUGAUUAAUGAACAUGAAGCUGAGGUGAUGUCAUGGGGAAAUGAAUACAGUCCUAAAACCAUGGAGUUGUACAACCAAUUCAUGAGGAUUGCAUUGAAGUGUCAUGUUAAUGGCAGUGCAGACCAUAGAUAUGAGGUGACUGAAAAUAGUGACAGGCACAUUGUGAAUUUGAGAUUGAAGAAAUGUACCUGUAGGGCAUGGGAUCUUUGUGGCAUUCCAUGUCCUCAUGCAAUAUGUGCAUUAUUGCACAAGAAGGUGGACCCUCUAAGUCAGAUUCAUUGGUACCUUACCAAAGAGACUUAUCUCCAAAUUUACUCACAUAAGUUACAACCAGUAAGAGGAGAAAAGUUCUGGAAAAUUGAACCUUCACAGUACAUGGCUCCACCACCUUUGGUAGAGAUGAGUGGGAGACCAAAGGUUAAGAGAACAAGAGAAAAAAAUGAGGAACUUAAUAGGCAAGGACAAUGGUCUCAGUCAAGGAAAGGGAGGGUAAUGACAUGUAACAACUGUGGUGAACCUGGACACAAUGCUAGAGGGUGUGCAAAGCAUUCUAAAGGAAAGCAGCCCAUUAGAGGAAAGAAGAAGGGAAAGCAGACAAAGAGGAAGAGAACUUUACUUGAUGAAGCUGAUGAUGAACAGCCCAGAUCUCCCUCUGCUGCACCAGUGCCGCAAGAAGCCAAUGUUGAGGAAAUUCCUUUGUCAGCCCCUCAGCCAAGUCAGCCUACUCAGAAAAGUCAAUCAAUUCAAGUCAGCAGUCAG